AUGGGUGAGGAUGGAAAUACCAGCGCCUUCAACAUCUCCUAUACCAAUUUCUUCCUGGUGGGCUUCCCUGGAUUGCAUGAGCGGCGGCCCCUCCUGGUCCUGCCUCUUACCUUCCUUUAUGUGACCAUCAUCUCAGCCAAUGGUCUGGUCAUCCACACGGUGGUGGGUCAGCGGAACCUGCAUCAGCCCAUGUACGUGCUCAUUGCCCUGCUCCUAGCUGUCAACAUUUGUGCUGCCACAGCCGUGAUGCCCAAAAUGCUGGAGGGCUUUGUGCAUUAUGCUAACCCCAUAUCACUGCAUGGCUGCCUGGCCCAGAUGUUCUUUAUUUACUUCACCCUCCUUCUGGACUACAACCUCCUGCUUGCCAUGGCCCUAGACCGCUACAUGGCCAUCUGCCACCCACUCCGCUACACUGACCUGAUGACCUCCCGCCUGCUGGGCAUGCUGGCCAUUCUUGCCCUGACACGGAACCUUGGAGUGGCAGUGCCCUUGGUGGUGCUAACCUCACGAGCUCAGUUCUGCCGGACAGCAGUGAUUCGACACUUCACCUGUGAGUACAUUGCACUGCUGAGCAUAGCUUGUGGAGACUUGACCUUCAAUAAUCGGUUGGGGCUGGCCAUGCGGCUGGUCACUGUGACCUUUGAUUUAGCCCUGCUGGGGACCUCCUAUACCCGCAUCAUCUAUGUUGCUUUCCGGAUCUCUUCUGGGAAAGCCCGAGCCAAGGCCUUGCACACGUGUGGCUCCCACUUUCUGGUCAUCCUCACCAUCUACCUCUCUGGCCUCUCCACUUCCAUUGUUUUCCGAGUGACCAAAACUGUGUCUCAGGAUGUCCAGAACCUGCUCAGUGCCAUCUAUCUGCUGCUCCCAGGAGCCCUGAAUCCUGUCAUUUACGGGGUGAGGACCAGGGAGAUCCAGGAACAUGUAGAAAAGAUGCUCUGUGGAAAGGAAUCAGCCCAGGAGGUUAGGGAGAAGCCAAAGAGGCUGCAGAAUAGGAGAGUGGACGGGAAACUGCCAGGGUGA